AUGCGCCUUACAAAUCUUGUCCCCGCUAUGCUGUGGCUGGCUCUUGCAAGUCUCAACUCGGCCAUUUCUCGCUUCGCGAUCGUCCUGCGGGACGAUGCAAAAUCAGACCUCAUCAAUGUCAAUGACGCUCUACUGGACCUUGCAUUUCAACGUCUCAUGCAAAGGGUUCUCGAUGUCUCGGUUAUUCUGGCCCUAAUGUCAGCGUCGCUCUCCAUCUUCGGUAUUGUCCUUGCGAUCCACCCGAGGUGGCUGCAUCGGGACUGCAAAUUUCGGCUUUAUUUCGAAUGCCUUCAAGUCACGCUGGGCCUGAGAGUACUCUCCGUGGGUGGAUAUGUCGCCAGCUGCGUCCACGGCUAUCAAUCCUCGUUUGAGCUGUUUAACAGCCACGGCCACUUUCCAUACUACUAG